AUGGACCCAGGUGUCAGCCUUGUAGCAAAAGUACUCGAAGCGUCUGAGAAUACAAAAGUUUGGCAGAUUACAUUCUCCUCCUCAGAAAUAUUGAUUUUCAAAGACAUCGAUGCAGAUGGUGGACGUCAAAAGAAACUUUUGAAAAUCGCAAAAUACCUGAAAACAAAGAGCGACUUGCCGGACACCGUUGCUUCUUAUCACUUGAAGACCUUGCUCUUGGAGAUGAAUGAAAGGCGAAAAGACCCAGCAGAUUGGACCGAGGACAAGCUGGUUCCUCAAUUUAAAGAAUUGAUGAAUGGUUUCCUUGCCGCACUGAAAGCAGGCAUAUUAAAAAGCUUCUUUAUUACAAAGUUUAACUUAUUCCGAGGUAAACUAUUAUCUAUUUAACCAUUAAACUGCAAUGCACCCAAUGCACCUGACUUGAUACAAUAUUUUACCUUGUCCAUGCAACGCCAGACGAUUAUACUCGUCAAAGAGAAAGAAUCAGUCUUGCGCAUUUUAAUGGAUUUAAAAAUUAAAAUUGGUUAACCAAACCAUCUAUAUGCAUGAUGAUCAUUCUGUAAUAGGAUCGAAAUAUAACCACUCAAAAUUUACGUUUUAGUCCACAUCUUGGGUUUUCAAGAUAUUUUCAUUUUUCGGAUUUUGUUUUGUAUUUUAUAUUCUGGCAUGUCACGCUAUAUUGAAACCGCAACCUAUUGACGUGUUUCUAGAAAUAGAAUGGCACUGAAGUAAAUCUUUUGUAAAUAUUUCAAGGUAAAAAUCUCGCGGAAGCCAUCACGAAAGUGUCGAAACGAUCUGGAGUGACCCUAAUUCACUCCUCGCAAUCGAGGUCUGUAACCCGUCGACUUUCGCAAGCAGAAACCCGCUGA